AUGAAAAAUGUUGAGGUUAUGAGGAGUGGGUUCUUAGUGAUCCCCUUUGACCUACCAAAAUGCACGGCGCUGGGCGAUGACACGGAUGUCAGACAUUACAUGUACGUGAAGAAGCAUCAGACGAAGGUGGAAUCGGAGGCUAAUUGCCUGUUUAUUGUCAAUUUACCUCUGUUGACACAGGUCGACUCUAUCAAGGAGAGCUUUGGCAGGAUUUGCGCGCAGUACGAGACUGUGGCGCAUGUGGCAGAGCUGCUACAUCACGACGAGUUCGGAUUGCACGAGGUGGAUUUGGGUGCGCUGACGUCCGAUUUCAGAGACACCGGGGAUGCGGAGGACAGAAGGUAUACACCGAGAAACAGUGCUCUGUUGAAGUUUGUGGACCAGGCAUCUCUGGAGAACUGCUGGGCUGCUCUGCGCAAAUACGCGCACAAACAAAAGGAAUUGGUGGAGUGGGCGUUCCAGUCUCCUUCGAUAGCGACCUUCCAGAGCUUCUAUAAGCCACUCGACCUUGAGUACUUGCGCAGCGACAUUCACGAGCAUAUGUUGUUAUUUGAGCAACGGGAACAACUUGCGCAGGAUGAGGUUCAAUCGAGUAUUGUGGACGAGGACGGGUUCACACUUGUAGUAGGGAAGAACACAAAAUCGUUAAACUCCAUAAGGCGUAGGAUUCUGAACCGCAAUCCACUUCUUAAGCAUACACGGAAGGAGAAGCCUCCCAGCAUGGUGGACAAGAAGGCCAAGCAGGACUUUUACAGAUUCCAGCUUAGAGAGCAGAAGAAGCAGGAAAUUAACGAGCUGCUAAGUAAAUUCAAGGAAGAUCAGGAGAGGAUCAAGGUCAUGAAAUCGAAGAGGAAGUUUAACCCUUACUCUUAA